AUGGACACUGAUCUCAAGAAGCAGGUUGAAGUCCUGGCUAUGAAGAAGCUAGCAUUCUUCGGAGUCACUGUCUCAACAAUAGUAUCGCUUGUCGCUAUUGUCGCUCUACCUCUAAUGUGUAUGCGAAUUCAUCAAGUAGAUCUCACUCAACGUCGUGAAGUCGAGUUUUGUCGCUCAAGGAACUAUGAUUUACGUGAUGAAAUUCGGAAGUUAAUAUCUGCACGACAUCAGGAAAUAGAAAGUCGAGAGAAGCGCUCCACACCUGAAUUGUGUUGCUCCUGUGGUAUUGGAGCCCCGGGACGAGUUGGAGCACCCGGAGAGGAUGGAGAUUCAGGAUCAGAUGGUAAAAAUGGAAACCCUGGCUCUCCAGGACCUGACGCAAUCAAUGACAAGGCUAUUCCAACCAGUGCCGAUUUCUGCUUUGACUGCCCUGCGGGACCACCAGGACCACCAGGACUCCCAGGACCGUUUGGAGAAACCGGGGAACAAGGAGAGCGUGGCCCACGAGGACUAGAAGGACCUCCAGGCCCAUCAGGGCCAACAGGAUCUGAAGGAGAAGCAGGCCCAACAGGAGAAGAUGGACCCAUGGGUGAAGCAGGCAGGGCAGGGAAGAUUCAUUAUGAACUUUCACCUGAUGGACCACCUGGACCACCAGGAGAUCAAGGCUCCGAAGGAUUCCCUGGGUUUGAGGGACUUCCUGGCUUCCAAGGGAAAUGCGGACGCAAAGGACCAAGAGGUGAAAAUGGAAUCGAUGGAACUAAUGGAAACGAUGGAGAACGUGGAGCUCCAGGACCAAAAGGUAGAGACGGAGCUGUUGGAAGUUGCGAUCAUUGUCCCCCUCCUCGUCUCCCACCUGGGUACAACUGA